GCGAAAGUUACCCAGAAUUAUCCGACAAAACUCCAUGCGACGAUUACCCUCCUCUGUCUGCUCGCCUUCAAGUCACCAUCUCAACCCCAUAACAUCCAUGUCUACCGGAUCCAAUUCACUGGUUUGGUUCCGUAAAAGUCUCCGUGUUCACGACAACCCGGCUCUCGAACACGCCUCAAAGUGCUCCGGAUCCAUGUACCCGGUUUUCGUCAUCGACCCGCAUUACAUGGAACCGAACCAAUCUUCGUUUUCCCCCGGUUCGUCACGUGCCGGAGUGAACCGGAUCCGGUUCUUGCUUGAGAGUCUCAGUGAUCUCGAUUCUAGUUUAAAAAAACUCGGUUCGAGAUUGUUGGUUUUGAAAGGUGAACCGAGUGAUGUCAUACUUCGUUGCUUGCAAGAGUGGAAGGUGAAGAGGCUUUGCUUUGAGUAUGAUACUGAUCCUUAUUACCAAGCUCUUGACUUUAAAGUUAAGGAGUAUGCUUCUUCAGUUGGUGUUGAGGUUUUCUCUCCAGUGAGUCAUACUCUUUUCAAUCCCACUGAGAUUAUAGAUAAAAAUGGUGGGAAGGCACCUUUGAGUUACCAGUCGUUUCUGAAGAUUGCUGGGGAGCCUUCUUGUGCUGAUUCUGAACUUGUGAUGUCUUAUUCUUCACUUCCACCGGUUGGAGAUGUUGGGAGUCUUGGAGUUUCGGAAGUACCGACACUUCAGGAGCUUGGUUAUAGAGAUGAUGAACAAGAUGAGUGGACGCCUUUUAGAGGUGGGGAAUCAGAGGCCUUGAAACGAUUGAGGAAGUCAAUCAGUGAUAAGGCAUGGGUGGCUAACUUUGAGAAACCAAAGGGAGAUCCAUCUGCAUUCUUGAAGCCUGCAACUACUGUUUUGUCACCUUAUUUGAAAAAGUUUGGAUGCCUUUCUUCGAGGUACUUUUAUCAAUGCCUUCAACGUGUUUACAAGGAUGUGAAAAAGCAUACAUCGCCACCAGUUUCUCUCCUUGGACAGUUGUUGUGGCGAGAAUUUUUCUAUACCACUGCAUUUGGAACUCGUAACUUUGACAAAAUGAAGGGAAAUCCAAUCUGUAAGCAGAUUCCCUGGAAAGAGGACCAUGAUAUGUUGGCUGCUUGGAGAGACGGUAAAACAGGAUACCCUUGGAUUGAUGCCAUCAUGGUUCAGCUUCUGAAAUGGGGUUGGAUGCACCAUCUAGCGCGUCACUGUGUAGCCUGUUUUUUAACUCGUGGGGAUCUGUUCAUACAUUGGGAACAAGGGCGUGAUGUGUUCGAGAGGCUUUUGAUUGAUUCAGACUGGGCAAUUAAUAAUGGGAACUGGGUGUGGUUGUCAUGUUCCUCCUUCUUUUACCAGGCAUUGUCUCCCAUCACUUACCAUAUGGAUCUAUUUUUUGUUUCCAAAGUUUAUUUAUUCAUAUGCUUACAUUUUCUAAGACGAUGUUUCUUUGGUGGUGGUAUUCAGUACAACCGCAUAUACUCUCCUAUAUCUUUUGGAAAGAAGUAUGAUCCUGAUGGGAAGUACAUCAAGCAUUUUCUCCCGGUACUGAAAGAUAUGCCAAAGCAGUAUAUUUAUGAGCCAUGGACAGCUCCGUUGAGCGUUCAAACUAAAGCUAAGUGCAUAGUGGGGAAGGACUACCCGAAACCAAUGGUUAUGCAUGAUGAAGCAAGCAAGGAGUGCAAGAGGAAGAUGGGUGAAGCAUAUGCAUUGAACAAGAAGAUGAAUGGUAACAUCGGUGAUGAAGAUCUAAGGGAUUUGAGGAGAAAGCUUGAGAAUGAUGAAGAGUCAAACAUCAGAAAUCAACGACCAAAACUCAACUAA